ACACCAACCAGCUCUCUACAGCACCGAUACUGCUCCUGCACAUCUCAUCCAUUUCCUCCUCUUCCAACUAUAGCACUUCUCCGUUAUGGCGGCACUGUGGCUCCAUACUGCUUCCGUGCUGGUCUUACUGGUCAUGUCAUGCCCGGGCUCCCAAGCCAUUGCCUCGCAGUACCUGUGUGGCUCCCACCUGGUCGAUGCUCUUCACCUGAUCUGCGGAGACAGAGGUUUUAUCUACAUGCCCACGUCAGGCGCCAACCCUGUGCCCCGCGUCCUUCCUCCAAUGGCGAGAGGAGCAGCAUCAAUGGGCGGCGAGAACGAGGGCGCCAAGUUUGCCUCCCAGGACCAGAUGGAGAUGAUGGUGAAGCGGAACAUUGUGGAGCGAUGCUGUCACAGGCCCUGCAGCCUCUUUGACCUGGAGAGCUACUGCUAUUGAACAGCCAGCAUAGCUUAGCUUCUUGGAUAACUGAGCAUGCAACCCCCCCCCCCC